AACCCAAAGGAGGUCUCUAAGUCUCACACCUUUUACUCCCGCAGUUUUCAAAUUCUCCGUCAACCAACGGAUACUAUUUCCUCUUUCCAUUACGCGUGCUCAAAGGUCAUUCACCUUAUGCAAUUACCACGAAAACCCAAGGGUAACAUAGUCCAUCCACUCAAAAAUUAAGAAACGGUUAUCUCCCAAAACCCAGCAAUAAUAGUUUUCAUCACCUUCCAAAAAUAACCUCUCAAACACAAACCCUCUUUCUAUACAUAGAUAGCAAUCGCAUAUUCUCCCAUAUCAUGUUGCAAUAAUCCACCUCAUUGACUGUGACCCACCCUCACUAACUUGACUCUUCACCUAUUCUUCUUCUAUAUAUAUCUUCCUUCCGUUUCUUCCUUCACACUUAUUUUACAUUCCUCUCUUCAAUUUCAAACCAAAAUGGGUCAGAAAGAUAAAGAUGAGGUCGAAAAGAAAAACGACACUCUUCCUGCUGUCGUUUUGAAACUCGAUUUACAUUGUGAAGGAUGUGUCAAGAAGAUAAAACGCGCUCUUCUCCGUUUCGACGGUGUGGAAGAUGUUAAGGCCGAUACCGCCGGUAACAAACUGACGGUUAUCGGAAAAGUCGAUCCUACCAAGGUUCGUGAUAAACUGGCAGAGAAAAUUAAGAAGAACGUUGAGCUUGUUUUCUCUCCGCCUAAAAAAGACGCCGCCGUCGAUAAACCACUGCCGGGGAAGAACAAGCCCGAUGAGGAGGAGAAGAAGAAACCCGAGGAGAAGAAGGUUGAGGAAAAACCGCCCAAACAGUCGGUUCAAAACACGGUCGUUUUGAAGAUUAGAUUACACUGUGACUCUUGUAUUCAAAAAAUUGAAAAGAUUAUCCUCAAAAUCAAAGGAGUUGAAUCAGUGAACAUUGAUGGAGGAAAAGACUUGGUGACGAUAAAAGGAACUAUAGAUGCUAAGGAAAUUGUACCAUAUCUAACAGAGAAGCUGAAACGUGAUGUGGAAGUGAUUCAACCGAAGAAAGAAGAGGAUAAUAAGAAGAAUAAAGAGAAAGAUGGAGGAAAAGAGAAAAAAGAAGAAGAUGGUGGUGAGAAGAAAGAGGGUGGAAAAGCAAAGGUUGAGGUUAAUAAAAUGGAGCAUUACGGUCACGGGCAGCAACCUCCAAUGUAUUGGUACGACGGAUAUGAACCGGGUCAGAGUAGUAGUAAUAGGAUGGAGGUUCAACAGGGGCACAAUUAUAAUUAUGCGAAUCAAGGAGGGUAUAAUUACAAUUACAAUUACAUGAACCAGAAUCAUCAUCAACAAGGGUAUGAUUAUAGUUAUGGGAAUCAAGGUCAAGGAGGGUAUACGGUAGAGCCUCAACAACCUCCAUUCUAUUUGCAUCCAAAUCAUCCUCCUCCACAAAUGUUUAGCGAUGAAAACCCAAAUGCUUGUUCCAUGAUGUGAGUAUUUUUGUUUUGGUGUAUACACGCGCAAAUUGUAAAUAACAUAAACUAGAACUAGUUGUAGUAGAUUAUUUUAAUUAGUUUUUUGGAUAAUAUUUUUUAUAGUUUAUUAGAAAAAUAUUGUGCUAUUGGCGCAUGGUUAGUGACGUAGAAGGCGUUACGGCCUGCUGGAUGGAGGGUCUGGUUUCAUAUUGUUAGGAAAAAGACAAAAAUUGGGUAGCUGUUAUUUUGUUUGUUUGCUUCUGGUUUAUGCCGUAGUAUUAUAAAAAUCAUCAGUAUAUAAAUCAUUUUUGGAGCUA